UGGGGGUCACAAUAUCCUAUUCUGGUCAUCUCAUGGCUUUGCUUAGGUUGCGGCCCCGACAAGACGUGAUGGGCCUUACAGGGAUAUCCGCAAAAACGCCACUUUGACCAUCAUCGCAAACGCGGUGAGCGCGAAAUGCACACACCGGCCGGCACACAUUUUGGUUUUAUUGCGCUUUUUUUCUCUCAACAUUUGGAUGAAAAACUUUUCUCUGCUAUACUAACUUACCCAAAACAUCGAAAAACAUGACCUUGGCCGCGUGUGCUCGAAAGAGGCUCAGACUUGCGACUACGAUCCUUCCAUCAUGAUCAAUAUUUUAACUCGACAUGACAAUUUCGAGACUGGGGUCAGCGGUCAGCCGCGAAGACCCAAAGCAAAAAAGCAAAACAAGGUCUUUGGUGUGACCCAGGACAGGAGCGAAGAGAAGAGAAGAGAAACUCUAUUAACGCGAGUAUCCCCGACCUCCCCUCGGCCCCCAAUCAAUAGGCUGUGCGGGCUGUGCUUGUGCCUUGGGGAUGGGGUGUUGUGGACGACAAAGGACGUGCACCAGGUACCCGUCUCACUUGGGAUCCAUCCACACGACCCCCUCUUGGCCCCAAUGAUAAAUCCGAGUCCUUCGACCGCCUUGGGAUUCUGCCGGUCAUUUCUGCCUCUGGCCCCAAAUAUCGUGACCUUAUUAGGCAGACAACUCCCCCACGGACUACUUCUACCUCUUCUCGCGCAUCUUUUUUCUCUUGUCUUGAAAAUCUCAUUUUUAUUUUGCUUCGAGUACAAACUCGCAAUAUUUAUUUUCGCACUUGUUUGGCAAAGCCUUGUUGUUGCGAGUUUGACUUGUGGCUUUGUUUUUGUCACCUGCAGCUACUUGCCUGUUUUUGCCGAGCAGUCCCGCCUCUGAAAGACAACCCACAGAUAAAAAGAGCUUGUUUAUACACUUCGACUCUCUUCAUUUCCCUCUGCACGCUGUAUACACAGGUCUGAUCCUAAGCAGACGCAUCACGCAGGAAAUACCCCUAUGUCUUCUGUCAUUACCCUGCUGCUGUCCCGCCUGAUUAAUAU